AUGCUGAACAGCGCCACCGCAACGCUCAAGCUCUUGAGUACAGCUAGUGCGGGCGAAUUCUUCACCAAGACCCAGCUCACGCCGCCCAAAAACGAUCCGGCGCUCAUAAAGACAUGUUUCAACUGCAAAACCAGCAGCACGCCGUUGUGGCGCAAGAACAAGGAAGGUGAAUUGCUCUGCAAUGCGUGUGGCUUGUUCUUCAAGCUCCAUGGAGUAUCCAGACCU